GUUAGCACUAGCAAGUUAGCCUCCAGCAGCUGUCGGUGGCAGUCAGUCAACCAGUCAGUCCGAGUAGUGGUGCAUUUGUAAUCAUCCUACACCUCCUCCUUCCCUCCCGUAGAAAAACCGUGGACGGCCGGGUUGUUUCUUCGGGAGCCAGCUGCGACACCUCUCUGGGCUACUCUCUGCGGUAAAAUAUUGUUGUCCUCGCCGUCACGACAGGAAGAAGCCCUGGGACAUGGCCAGACCAGAACAAGUCCUGGUGCUAGAGCCACAACACGAACUGAAAUUCAGAGGCCCGUUUACAGAUGUUGUCACUGCCACUCUGAAGCUCACCAACCCCACAGAUAGAAAUGUGUGUUUCAAAGUCAAGACAACUGCGCCUCGCAGAUACUGUGUGCGCCCAAACAGUGGCAUCAUUGACGCUGGAGCCUCCAUCAAUGUUUCUGUUAUGCUACAGCCUUUUGACUACGACCCCAAUGAAAAGAGUAAACACAAAUUCAUGGUGCAGUCCAUGCUGGCUCCGUAUGACAUGACUGACAUGGAAGGAGUUUGGAAGGAGGCAAAGCCUGAAGAGCUGAUGGAUUCAAAGUUGAGAUGUGCAUUUGAGAUGCCUCUAGAAAAUGACAAAACUCAUGAGAGUGAAAACAACAAAACUGUAUCUUCCUCUGCCUCCUCUGUUAAGACUGAGCACUCCACGCUGCCCAAAUCGGCCAGCGCCUCGCUGGAUGACGGUGAGGUGAAGAAGAUCAUGGAGGAGUGCAAGCGGCUGCAGAUGGAGGUGCAGAGGCUACGGGAAGAAAACAAACAGAUCAGGGAGGACGACGGGCUGCGGAAGAGAAAGGUGACCUCAGUGGCCGCCUCUCACUCUUCUUCCAUGUCGACCUCGGCCAUGAGGGACGAAGGCCUAAGCACCCGCGUCCUGGCGUUCUGCGUGCUCCUCUUUGUCAUCGGAGUCAUCAUUGGCAAGCUGGUCCUGUAGAGACACAGACAGACAGAGCACAGUGACGGACGGAUGGCGUGCUCGGGAGGACACGUGUCAAUGAUGGCAACGAAGAUGUCUUCUGGGUUUAUGUUGAUUUCUCUUUUUUUUUUUUCUUUUUUUUUUAAACAUUGAAGGCAAUAUCGUAAUGGUUUGUCUAGAUGGAAAAUAAUUUAAUGUGUAAAAAGAAACAGAAAGAAGGCGAUCCCAAGUUAAACCAUGAGUGCGAGCAUUUUUGUCACAGGUCUUGCCUUUCUUUCUUUCUUCUUUUUUUUGUGAAAUAAUCAGCACCUCUGAUCUGUUCUUUCCGUCCAUCCCUCCUUCCUAAAUGAUCUUCCGCAACUUGCACAGGUAUCAGUUAGUGGUGUGUGGAAGUGGCUUCAUGUUGGCUCAAUGUUGAAAGUCUUUCAUCGAUUCUUUAUUAAUUUUUACGUCUCCAUGUUUGCUCACUCACAUUGUCUAUAAGAAAGAUCUAACACUCCUCUUCUGAUCAAUCUCUCUUCCACUUAUUACUGAUACUCUGCUUGGAGGGGUGAACACAAGUGAUCGGUGAAAGACUUUUUUUCUAGACUCAAACUCUGUGUAUUGUUUUCUAAACAAUAUAUGGUAAAAAAUGUGAGCCAGUUGUGUGUGCGUGUGCGUGCAUGUGUGUUUUCCCUCCUGCAGGAGGGCUGAUGUUGACUGCGUGUGGGUGUUUUUAUGUGGAGGAGACCACAAAUGGUGAAAUCCCAGGCUGUUUUAGAACGAGGGAAGGGGGCUGGUUUGAAGACAGAACUGUCAUCUGAACAGAUUUCCUGUACGCAACAAAAAACUGGGGGUGUUUGUUGAAAAAUCAGACUAAAACUUUUGAUCAGUUCAGUCGCUGACCAGACCAAGGAGUUGGUAGGAAUUCAAUAAAUCCAGUUUUGGCCCAUUUGUAAAGUUAUAUCUCAAUAAAAAUCAGGAUUAUGAUAAAGACUCUAUCCUAUAUAGUGAUAUGUGAACUACUAAUUUAGUUCAAGACAUCUGAUUUUCGCAGUUAACACUUAAAUUUCCUUCCUUUAAUUACUUCUUCAGGUUGAGAGGCAGUAGACAAGAAAGAAAAAAAAUUUCCCCUACUUCAAGCAGUGAACCUGUCAUUCAAAACUGGGACAUUUUCAAUAUAUAACAUACAGUAUGUAACAAUAGUUUUGGCCACCUUGUUUAAUUUUGCCCAUGGAGUAUUGUAUUUGCGUCCUCUAGUGUAUUACAGCAGAUGUUUGCGUUUUUUUUCUUAUAUUAUCAUGUAGCCACGAUGCUUCUGUUGUUUAUAAUAUUCAAAUGCACUAUAUUCAAGUGUCCACUCUGCAGUCUGCAUGAAAUGACCUGGAUUUAUUAUGAUUAUUAUUAUUUUUUGAGUGUUGAAGUUAUAUUAGCAAAACAAAAAAAAAAUACUGUCUUUUCAAAAGGGACCAUCUUGAGUCUGGUUUAUCAGUUUGUGUGUGUUUUUUUUUUCCUUUCGAUUGUCUUUCUUUUGUUCCCUGUUGGGCUCUGGUGGUUGUGAGAUAACUGAGACAACACAGCUGUAUUAUCUUGGCUAUCACACCACCAUCUAAGCAGGUUGUUUAAAAAAAAAAAAAAGAAAAGAAUAAAUAUCUGUAUUUGCCUGAGGGAGCUCGGGGAGCAGAGAAG